GGCACUAUCCUUUCCUGCUCUAAUCCCUCAGUCCUGCCUCUGUGUGUUGAUGCUCUUUACAUACACAGUGUAGAAACUUCAGACGAGAAUUUUAAAGCUGCAAAUGAAUUUUUAGAAAGGUUUGUCGUGAGGUCGGGACACCAUUGACUGGAUGUAAACUUCUGUCUGACCUUCUUUUGGAGUGAAAACUGAAGACAAGAUCUGAAGACUCUGAAACCACCACCAGCACCACAACCACCAAGCCCAGAACAUACAUCAGUAUUUUGAUGUUAGAUGUAUUCACUUUAAAGGCCAGUGCAACGCUGUCACUGUAACUUAUGACCGUGACACUUCUCAAAAAUUCUUUCUGAAAUUUAACACCAGUCAGAACUAGUAAGCCAAGAUGGCUGACCCCUACCAAAACAAUGUAUACCAUCAAGGAGGGGGUGACAGGUAUGGGACCUACGGAGAAGGCGGUGGCCAUGAUGGAUAUGGUUACCAGACUGACUACCCUCCUCAGGAAGAGGACGCAGCGAGUGACGUGACCGAAGGACACGAUGAAGAGGAUCAGAUGUACGAAGGAGAGUAUCAAGGCAUACCACAUCCUGAUGAGGUGAAGGCUGCACAGAGAGCCGCACGGGCUAAAACCCGAGCAGCUGGCAGUGCAGUCUCUGAACUGGAGGAGUUAUCUGAGCAAUACGAGGACAUCAUGGAGGACUGUGGCCACGGAAAGUUCCAGUGGACUCUCUUCAUAGUGUUGGGCCUGGCUCUGAUGGCAGAUGGAGUUGAAUGUUUUGUGGUGGCGUUCGUUCUACCAUCUGCAGAAAAAGAUCUGUGUCUGUCCAAUGCAGAGAAAGGAAUGUUGGGUCUGACGGUGUUUCUGAGCAUGAUGGUGGGAGCGUUCGUGUUCGGCGGCCUGGCAGACAAAGUUGGCCGCCGGCGUUGCCUGAUUGUGGCGUUAGCGAUAAACUGUAUCUUUGCCUUCCUGUCUUCGUUCGCCCAGGGCUACGGCUUCUUCCUCUUCUUCAGGCUGCUGUCUGGCAUUGGGUAACACACACACACACACA